AUGUUACCCCUGAGGGCCUUCAACAAUAAUGAUCACCUCAAGCCCCGACACGAGGGUAACUCGCCAGAUAGCAGGAUUGAGGAUUAUAGAUCAUGCCCGGAUGUAGCCCGGGAACUACCAGAUGAGCCUGAUAACUACCAGAUGAGCCUGGCACUAGUCUUCAUGUCUCUCGGAAGGGUCGUCAUAUUCCCCAGAGGGCAAAAUCUUAUUCAUGCUUCUGAAGCUGCAGGUAGAAAACGGCGAGGGAGUGGUUCAGCACUUGAUGAUUUUUUGCGUGAGAGGUUGUCAAAAAUACAGCAGCGAGGCGAUACUAAUUCAGGUCUGAAUCCGAAAGCAGGACAUGACACGACAAGGACUCCACUGUUUACCGUUGAUAAAAGCAGUUUCAUCGACAUACCAAGUGAUCAGAAUGUCUUGCGAAAUACAAGGACACCACUAUGCAGCGUAGACCCAAACAGUUUAGUCACUGAACCAAGUCAUCAACACGAUCCAAACAAAAAUUUCACUGGACCACUUGAUCAUAAUGCCGUACCAAAAAAGAGUGCUGUCGAAUUCGCCUCCGAUAGUACGCAUAACUCAAUUGCUUUCCAAAAUCAAAAUGACAAAGAGAACAUUCCAUUUUCUACACCUCAACAAGGAAGUUCAGGUCCCAUUCGUAAACCUAGAGGGCCAAGCGUCCAAACAAUACUUGAUCGCAAAAGUGAUGCUCUUUCAACGUCAACCAAAACUCCAGAAACCAAGAAACGAGGUCGCGGACCUGGUGUAAACAAACUAUUUAACAGUCUGCAAGACAAGAGUGGUUCUUCCGGAGGUAGUCAUCAGGAAACAAAAAAAAGAGUCAGGGGACUCGGAGCCAAAACACUUGCAAGGCAGAAGCUUGCACAAGAUGCUCAGGAUGCCAUUGUGCAGUCUGCUUCACAGAAUCAUUAUCAUCAAUCAUCUCCUGAUAUGCUAGGGUCGGAAACUCCUAAAAGUGCGCUCACAUUCCAACAAUUUUCGUCGAAUGGUAAAAAUUCUACACCUGAGCAACAUAGUUCACACACAGGCCCGAAUAGGAAUGGACACACUCAAAAAACCUCCAUACCUUCAUCUUUCCUCGGAGAGUUUGGCAGAGAUGACUGCCGUAGAAAUUUUUGUCCUAUGUCCGGUGCAUCUACUUCUGGUGUGAAAGAUCUACGGCGUGAAUUUGACAAUGCACUGGACCAAUCUGAUUUUGUUGAGGAAGUGUUCCAGCACGACCAAGAUGACAUUACCAAUGAUCCUGACAUGUGGAGUGGGUACUGCACCCUUGGACCUCCUAAUGCUACAUGUGCCACAUGUCGUGCUGUAAUGUGGGAUAUGGAACGCAACAACAAAUCUAAUCGGAAUGCUGCUCCUUCCUUCUCACUAUGCUGCAAGAGUGGCCAGGUUAUACUACCUUUAGAAGAUCACCCUCCAGAACCUUUGGCAUCUCUGCUAAAUGGUGGUCCGAAAUCGCCUCAUUUCCGUCAGAAUAUAAGGGUAUAUAACUGCAUGUUUGCAAUGUGUUCGAGUGGCGGCAAGGUGGAUCAUAAGAUAAACAGGGGCGGUGCACCAUUUUGCUUCAAAAUUAGGGGUCAAAAUAUGCAUUUUAUUGGUAGCCUUAUCCCCGAAGAAGGUUCUAAACCAAAAUUCUGUCAGCUUUAUAUAUAUGACACCGAUAAUGAAAACAGUAAUCGAAUUGGAGCAGUCGGUUCAAAUACAGAUGAUGUGGACAUGGAGAUAGUUGAAGGUUUAACCAGGAUGCUUGAUGAGAACAACAAGUUGGUACGUUACUUCCGAUCUGCACGUCAGAGACACAAGAGUGGUGAUCAAACGGAGUUCAAGUUGAUCCUUAUCUCCUCCCAGGCCCAGAAUGGCAGACCAAAUAUCAUUGGACCGUCUAACGAGGUUGCUGGACUGAUAGUAAAUGCAAGUGCAGACACAGCCGGGUGCAGAGACACUGUUUGUCAAACUAAACAAGGUCAUCUCAAAAGAGUUUUUGAGACGGAUCCUUUCUUUAUGCAGUUACAGUUCCCACUGUUAUUUCCACUUGGGGAGGAUGGAUAUCACACUCGAAUUCCUUUGAGAAAAACUAAGAAGAGAAGUUUACAAAUAGAGGAUGCUGUUGAUCAUGAAGGGGAGAGAAAAAUCAGGGAUCAUGUAUCCAUGAAAGAGUAUUAUUCAUCCAAACUCAUGAUACGUCUUAAUGAAGGAUUAACUCCGCACCUCGGAGGGAGGUUAUGGCAGCAAUAUGUUAUUGACGCUUUUACCGCAAUGGAACAGUACAGGCUUGAUUGGAUUUCGAGAAAUCAGACUACCAUCCGUUCUGAUCUUUAUACAUCUGUACGCGAUGCCGUACGUCGCGGAGAUAAUGAUCCAUCACACGUUGGUAAAUGUGUGAUACUUCCUGCUUCCUUCACAGGCUCCAAACGAUACAUGUCACAGUACUUCAAGGAUUUGCUGGCCCUUUGUCGUAGUAUUGGUCAUCCAUCAUUAUUUUUGACAAUGACUACAAAUACAAAAUGGCCAGAGAUACAAGAGAUGAUGAAAAAUCUCCCUGGUGUGAAUGUGGCUGAUGCUCCAGAUGUCGUUGCACGUGUCUUUAAACUGAAGCUUGACCAGCUAAUGGAGCUCAUUAAGAAAAAACACUUCUUUGGGCGGUUGAUGCAUGUCAUUGAAUUUCAAAAACGUGGACUGCCACAUGCUCAUAUGUUAAUUUGGCUGGACGACAGAGAUAAGCCUAAGACCGCGGAGCAAAUUGAUAAGCUGGUAAGUGCAGAAAUACCAGAUGAGCAUGAGGAUAGUAUUGGAUAUAAUGCGGUUAAGAAUUAUAUGAUCCAUGGUCCAUGUGGGAAAGAUGCAACUUAUUCUGCUUGCAUGGUCAAUGGCAGAUGUGGACGACAUUUUCCCAAGAGGUAUAGUGGAGUUACAUGUUUUGAUGAAUCAGGAUUUCCCAUAUACAGGCGUCGCAACACUGGAAGGACUGUUUUGAGAAAAGGUCAUGUCCUUGAUAAUAAAUUUGUUGUUCCGUAUAACAGAGAAUUGUUGCUUCGUUUUCAGUGUCACAUCAACUUAGAAAUAUGUAAUAAUUCACGAUCUUUGAAGUACUUAUUUAAGUAUUGCCUCAAAGGGCAUGACACUGCCACAAUGCUGAUAAAACGGAAGAAUGAUAAUUCAACAAAAACAGCAUCACCAGCCUCAAAAUCCAAGGUAUUUGAUGAAGUUAAACAUUACUUGGAUGGUCGGUACGUAUGUGCAUCUGAAGCUGCAUGGAGGAUAUUUGGUUUUGAUAUUCAUUCUAGAUGGCCAUCUGUUGAUCGUCUACCAAUACAUCUACCAGAGAGCAAAUACGUGAGUUUCAAGACGGGAGAUUCCCUGCAAACCGUAUGCAAUCGUGCAGAUGCAAAAUUGAGCAAACUCGAGGCUUGGUUUGUAGCAAAUCAAAAGCUUCCAGAGGCUAGGAAUUACACAUAUGCUGAGUUUCCUUCCUAUUUUACAUGGCUCCCCAGAGAGUGCAAGUGGAAAUAUAGGCAGAGAGGCGAGGUUGUUGGCCGGCUAUCGGAAGUUCAUCCAACUGCUGGUGACCUCCUCUAUCUUAGAAUGUUGUUGUUAAGAAAAAAAGGCUGCACUAAAUUUGAGGAUCUUCGCACUAUCGAUGGACUGUUGUAUGAGACAUAUAAAGAGGCAUGUGGUGCUUUGGGAUUGCUUCAGAAUGAUAAACAAUGGCAUGAUGCUUUGUCUGAGAAUGCACACUCAUCGUUUCCUCAUCAGAUCAGAGAGAUGUUUGUGAACAUCCUAUCUUACAGUUCAGUUGCCGAUCCACAUUUGCUAUGGAAGAGUCACUGGAAGUGCAUGUCAGAAGACAUUUUAGUGAAGCGCCGAAAUGCCACCGGUAAUUUUGAACUAGAACUUACAGAGGCCGACAUCCAGAAUUAUGCUCUUGCAGAAAUUGAGAAGCUCUUUAGUGAUAUUGGAAAAAGUCUGAGGGACUUCCCUGAUAUGCCAUUCCCUGCAGAAGUAUAUAUUUCAUCUGAUACCAACCGUCUCAUCGCAGAAGAAACUUCCUAUAAUGUUAGGGAAAUGAAGGAAAAGCACGACAUUAAUUGUGAAAAACUAAAUACAGAGCAGAAAAUUGUUCACGAUGCAGUCCUAAAGUCUGUUGAUAUGAAGGAAGGUGGUCUUUUUUUUGUGCACGGAUCUGGCGGGUGUGGUAAGACUUUCCUAUGGCAGACCAUAAUUUCCGCCCUUCGUUCUAAACGUCAGAUUGUUCUACCUGUGGCAUCUUCGGGAAUUGCUGCAACUCUUCUCCCAGGUGGUAGGACCGCUCAUUCUCGCUUCCAUAUACCUCUCAAGCUUGAUCAGUACUCUUCAGCUGGAAUAAAGCAUGGAACCGAAAUUGCGGAACUUCUUCAAAGUACUGAUUUAAUCAUUUGGGACGAGGCUCCUAUGCAGCAUCGGUAUGCGUUUGAGUGUGUGGACCGCAGCAUACGGGAUAUAAUGGCUGCUGUUAAUCCGGAAAGAGCUAAAAAACCUUUUGGAGGCAUAACUGUUGUUUUUGGAGGCGAUUUUCGUCAGAUCUUACCGGUUAUCCCCAAGGCAGGUAGACCAGAUAUUGUUGGUGCUUCUCUGAAUAAUUCACGAUUAUGGGAACAUUGCAAGGUCUUCCUCCUAUUUCGUAACAUGCGUUUGCAUGCUGGCAACACCGAUGAGCAAAACCGGGUGAUUAGGGAGUUUAGUGACUGGCAGUUAAAAGUUGGAGAUGGGAAGGUCGAUCCAAUUAGCUUCAAGGAAAAUGUUUCAGAGGUACUAUUUAGAUUACCUGCUCAACAUGUUCUUCACUCUGAGGACAAACCAAUACAAAAGCUUAUCGAUGUUGUCUAUCCAGAUUUCGCAAACAACUGUUCCUCUUCUGAGUAUUUUAGCUCUCGCGCCAUUCUCACGCCAACAAAUGUAGUUGUUGAUGACAUAAAUUACGCCAUUCUUGACAAGCUUCCUGGAGAGACAUAUACGUACCUUAGUCAGGACUCAUUAGAAGAUCAGGGUGUGGAAGAGAAUGAUUUUGACGAGUCAUUCCCCAUUGAAUAUCUUAAUUCACUGAACCUGCCUUGCAUUCCUAAGCAUGAAUUGAAGGUAAAAAUUGGUACUCCGGUUAUGUUGAUGAGGAACUUAAACCAGAUAAACGGUCUUUGCAACGGAACUCGGAUGAUAGUCACUGGAUGCAAGAAGAACACUAUUGAGUGUGAAAUAAUGUCCGGUUCCCAUGCUGGUAAAAAGCAUCUGAUACCCCGCAUAGAAAUGAUUCCCACAGAGACACCUUGGCCUUUUGAUUUUAAGCGAACUCAGUUUCCCAUUCAGAUUUGUUUUGCGAUGACCAUAAAUAAGAGUCAGGGUCAAUCAAUGGAUGUCGUUGGUUUAUUCUUGCCUAGACCUGUCUUCUGCCAUGGCCAGCUUUACGUUGCAAUUUCCCGGGUCACUUCCGCAGCAGGUCUUCAUAUAUUGGUCAUAAACGACGAGGGCAAGACAUCGGAUGUCACCUCUAAUGUUGUUUUCCCUGAAGUUUUCUACAACAUACCGUCUGUCAGUUCAGAGUACUAA